CUCUCGGCUCAAACACUCUGUUUUUACUCAUCCAGACUAUUGAAUCGACGACGUCAACACAGAUCAAUCAACAUGGCACCAGGUCGUGCCGGGGCCAAGAAGGAUGCCCCCAACCUGAACAAGCUCAUCGCCGAUGCAGAGACGCAAUAUGAAGUCGGCAACCUAGACGAAGCCAUUUCCCUGGCAUCAAAAGCCCUGGAGCUCACCGGCGAAGGUGGCGAUUUCGAACUGAAGGCCCUAAACCUGCUGGGCGUCUUGAGCGUUGAGGACGGCGAAGUCGAGGAUGCGCGAGACUACUUCCUGCGCGCCGUCAAGCUGGACGAAGAGGGCACUCUGGACGAGAAGAUUGGCGGCGGACCCGAAAAGUUCUUGUUCCUGGCCCAGCUGAGCGAAGAGGGCGGCCAGGACAGCGUGCAGUGGUUUGAGCGCGGCGCGGCGGCGCUGCGGAAACAGAUCCAGAGGCUCAACGACGUCGCCAACCGGACGCCGGAGCAGCAGUCGGCGCUGGACGAGCUGCAGAGCAAGCUGGGGGGCGUGCUGUGCGCCGUGGCGGAGGUGUACAUGACGGACCUGUCGUGGGAGGCGGACGCGGAGCAGCGGUGCGAGGCGCUCGUGACGGAGGCGAUGCUCAUCGCGCCCAACUUUGCCGAGACGUGGCAGACGGUGGCCAACGUGCGCAUCUCGCAGCAGCGGCUGGACGAGGCGCGGGCGGCGCUGAAGCGGAGCCUGGAGCUGUGGCAGGAUCUGCCGCCCGAGCACCCUUCCGUGCCCGAGUUCCCGACGAGGGUCAGCCUGGCGCGGUUGUUGAUGGAGACGGAGAUGGAGGAGCAGGCGCUGGGCGUGCUGGAGCGGCUGGUCACGGAUGACGAUUCCAGCGUCGAGGUGUGGUACCUGGGAGGCUGGUGCCUGUAUGUUGCGGGCGAGAAGCUGCGCGAGGCCAAGCCCCAGCAGAAUGGCGAGGGAGAGGCUGCCGAGAAGGAGUGGAAGGCGACGUGGGGGUAUGCGCGGAAGUGGCUUUCGCAGUCGCUGAAGCUGUAUGAGAUGCAGGAGUAUGAGGACGAGAGGCUGGGCGAGCAUGCGAGGGAGUUGCUGGAGAGCAUCAACAAGGAGCUUGGGGAGCCGCCGGAGGGGGAUGAUGACGAUGAGUGGUCUGGUAUUAGCGAUGAUGAGGAUGACGACGAUGAGGAGCAUGAGCAUGGUUCGGAUUGCGAUCACGAUCAUGAGAUGCAUGAUUAGUUCGUGGAUGAGGGAAAGCAGAGUGAUAUGGACUUGAUGGCGUUUGCUUGGGUGCGAAAAAAGAACGACUUUGGUUUU